AUGUGUGGUGUUUACCUCGUUGCAAUUUUCGUCAGAAUAUUCAUUAUGUCUGUAGCGAGCGGUCUUACCUACUUCGAGCAACAUUUUCUUUUUUCGAACAAAUUGUUUCAAUAUACUAUGGGUUUGAGACCUUAUCAAAAUUCGAGAGAUCUGUUGUUUCAAGUGUGUAUCAUAACUAUUUAUUUAUUUCCAGGAGUAGCACACCAAUUUUAUCAGCUCGCCAUUUCAGAAGUCCCUCUAGCAAGAACUAUCAAAGUACUGCAAUAUAUGUUCGCAGCUAUAUGUUUUCUGUAUACUUACAGUAAUUAUUACUUUAAAUACGUACAAAUGAAAGCAAUUAUUUCUUGUAUUAAAUUUGACUACGAGCAUAUAUCUAAUCAAUAUGAAUUCUAUAUUACGGAAAAAUAUAUUAAAGAGAUUAUCUUCAAUCUGUAUUUUCUUGCAACAAUAACUCCCUGCUUCUUAAGUAUUUUUUCAUAUCAAUUUGGUACUUUGGGAAAUGUUAAUUUAAGUUUACCCAUUCCUAUUGAUAAUGUUUUAAACCUUGGACCGAUAUAUUACAGUUUACUUAUUUAUCAAACAACAGAAAUCUAUAUAUCAAUAUCUAUAGCAAUUAUAUGUUUUUCAACUUAUUUGGUAUUGAUAAAUCACGCAUGUUGUCAAUUAAGCGUUAUAAGAUUGAUAAUUGGCCAUCCUUUUCGAGAACCUCAGAAAUUUAAUCAAAUUUGGAAUGAAUUCAAUUGGAUAGUCGACGUAAUAAAGCGUCAUGAGAGGAUCAUGAAAUACGUUGAUUUUCUCAACUCUAGUACAAAGGGAAUUUACUUAAUUGAAAUUUUCUUUAUUAUGCUCUUCAUUAUAUUGGAUUUUCUGUAUGUAAGUUUUUUGUAUGUAAUUAUCUUUUACGAUAAAUGGGCAAUUUCUCCACAUUAUGUCCUCCAACUGGAACAAAUUAAGAGACUGGAUUCUGGAGAUCUAAUAUAUUUCCUUGCAAUCAAUAUAUUUCAAGUUUCAUCUUUGAGGGAAAAUAUAACUCAAAUUAUCGAAUGUAGUUUCUACAUUGCAUGCUCUAUAUUUGUUACAUUUAUUAAUUUUUAUAUUGGACAGACGCUUAUAAACCAUAGCGAAGAAGCUCGCGAAGAAUUGUGUAAAAUACCAUUCUAUAUUCUUUCAAUAAGAGUUCAAAAAUUACUGUUAUUUAUGAUAUUGAGAUGGUCGAAGCCAUGCAUGCUUUCAAUCGGCGGCAUGUCCGUUAUGUCACAUCAAGCAUUCUCAGGGGUAAGUGGAGGAUGAUAAAUCAUAGAUAUUAAAUUUCAUUAUCUUAAAAAAGAAUCUUUUAUUUUAGUUAUUGCAAAAAGCAUUCUCUUUCGCAUCGGUAUACCGCAGUGUACAUUAACUUUACCUUAUU